UUAAGAUUGUCAUGAAACACAAUGUGCUGUCAUGGAGUGUGUCGGGGCCUGGGCUGUGAUUGGCGAGACAGCGGCAGCGGGACCUGUGUUGUGUUAUCCGCUUCUCUCUGUGGACCGUGGAGCGCCGAGCGCCGAGCGCCCGCCUACAAAUGUUUUCGCAACAUUUUCAACCGUUUCCGCCGCAAAGCCUUAUUCCGAGCAACCAGAAACUUCAGUCUUCGACCAUUCUGUGGCUCCCACGAUGCUCUACCUUUGCUCAGCCAAUCCUAGAAUGCAAUUGCGUCUCAGAAACAAGGGCGAUUUCCUCCAUUGAACUUCCGCCUAAUGCCCUUCGCCGCAAGCUCGACCCUCACUGGAGAGGAGGUUUCAGUCUAGGGGUAGACCUCGGAACCUCCCGCACUGGCCUUGCUCUUAGUAAAGGCUUCUCCACUCGUCCUCUUACCGUCUUGGAGUUGCGAGGACAUAAGCUUGAGGUUAAGCUUAUUGAGAUUGCUGAACAGGAAGAGGCUGAUGAAUUUAUUAUUGGACUUCCUAAAUCAAGCGAUGGAAAAGAGACACCGCAGUCAAAUAAAAUUCGUAGUAUUGCUGGAAGGGUAGCAGCUCGAGCAGCUGAAAGAGGUUGGAGAGUUUACUUGCACGAUGAACAUGGGACAACAUCUGAAGCGGAAAACCAUAUGAUUUGCAAGGGGCUCAAUAAAUCUACUCGACAGAAGAAAAUCGAUGCCUAUGCUGCCAUGGUAAAGUGCUGAUUCUCAUAUUUAUGAUCAUUGGAUGAUGACUGCAGCAAUGAAUGUCAGGCCAGGGAACCGAACUUGUAGUACCUAAGAGUCUAGUCUUACAAGAAAAACUUAUCGAGGGACCACCUACAGACCCUGACUUUAAGGAUUGAGAAUGUACUUUGAGGAAAGAAAAGAAUCAACUGGGAAGAGGCCCUCUGUCAAAGUUGGGGAGCUCCUGAUGGCUUUCCAUCGAGGAAACAAGAUUGCUAUUUAACCAAGGGAUUUCUUUCUGUUCAAUGAGGAGAGCCACUACCCAUGAAGAAGGGAGCGCACUUUGGGGAGGGGCUUACUUCCUCAAAGAUGGUCAGAAAUUUGGGUUAAAAAGAUAUGUUUCUCAUGAUGGUCGAACUGAAGGUAGUGGUGGUUGAGAUGGCACAUAUUGACAUUAUAUCUUUGCGAUAUCCUUAUUAUCUGAAUCUCCCUAUUUUUAGCAGAUAUUGAAUUCACCAAGGUUUCGGUUAGCUAAGGAUGAUAUUUGUUAAUUGCUAAGUCCUCCCUAUACCAUAGGCAUAUUUGCACUACGCUCGUCCUUUCAGAAAAGUUGAUAUUGAAAUAGCAGAAAUGAUGGAUCUGCAGAAUUUUGGAUGUAGAAUUUUGGCAACUGGUCCGGAUGGCUAUGCUAUGGCUUUCUUCGGAGAAAUUUAUUUUGCUAAGGGCGUUUGUAAGGUCAAGACGGGAUUAUCGACUCUCCCAAGAUUAGCCAGCCAGAUAAAUAAAUACCGACUUUCUUCCAAGAAAA